CCGCUUCUUUGUAGUUGGUUUUGGUUUGCAACAGAGACAGAAGAAAGGCAACUCUGCAGCAAGAACAAGAAAAAAGAAAUUAAUGAGUUAAGAUUUUCCACAUUCAUCCACACACAGGUUUUUGAGUUUCUAAAAAGUAGUCAUUUACUGCUAUGGAAAAGAAGAAGAAGAAGCAUAAGAAACUUAUUGCCACUUCUUCUAAUCAAGAGCCUGAAUCAAAUGAUCUCUUGAGCAAGGAACAACAAAAUCAACCCAAUGAGGCACUUGCUGCAAAGGUUACCAAAAAUGGCAGCUCUUCACAAGAAAAUCUUUCUUCCUUGAACGAUCAACAUUCACGUAUUCUACAAUGGCCAUACACCACCCAACAGGCGGCAGAGCAGUCUUCCUUGAAUCCAAGACCUUGUAUAUCAAGUCAGACGCCUCCUAUUCUUGCAAGCCGACCACAGCAAGUAGCACCAUUGCAGUCCAAUUUCCCUAAUCAUCUUGUCCAGCAGGGCCAACCCACAGUGCAUUUAGCCCCAUCCACUUCACCCUUCUGGCUGCCGCAGCCACCUAGUUACCAUUUCCCUGCAGUAUCUGUGCCUGCUACAUUUCAGCCGUUCACUGCUAGUUGGCAACCGUCUCCUCUAAUUGGAGGAACUUCCCCAAGGAGCCAACAUCAGGUCCCAAAUAUCGGUUACCAUUUUAGCCCGUACCCAAGUUUUCCAGGUCCUUGGGAUCCCUCUUCUUGGUGGACUCAUGGUCAGCAAGUUCAUCCAUCUUUCAACUGUACUUUCCCAGGAGCUUAUAAUGGCUCCUUUUCUUCAGAACCUCCGCCAAUGCCUACUUGUUCAGCAACCUUUGGAGAGUCCUCUCAAAGAGGGAUUAUUCGCCCAAUGGCUAAACUUUCUCAGAAGCAUCAACAACUUUGGGAAGCCCAAGUAUCAUUUGAGAAUGUUAUGCUAUGGAGAGUAAUUGGUCAGUUGCAAUCAGAAUUAGCUGAUUACAAGAGUCAAAUAUUAAAGCUUGAAGGUCAAAUUGCAUCUCUGAAACCGCCUGCGGAUGAGCCUUCUGCUCAAGCUGUUCAGACUGGCUUAUCCGGAGCAGCAUCAAAGAGGGGCAGACCUAAGAGGGCAGUUGCUUCAGUUGAUGUGUCUGCUUCUCCUGAUGAGUCUCAUCCUCAAGCAAGAGGUCAAAAGCCUGCAGCAAGUAAAGUUCAACCUGAGUCUAGAGUUCUUUUUUUUGAGAAAGUUGUUCUAAACAAGGUGGAAAAAACAGCUCACUCUAUUUCGAGUACCAAGAAAGAUAAUGAGAAGACCAUAACAAAUAAUAGUGUUAAUGGAAGCAAUUUGCCUAUGCCUGCAUUCCACAACCAAGCUCACCCGGAAGGUCCUAGCAUCCAAAUUUGCGGAACCGAGACCAAUUCCUCUUUAGCUCAGCAACCUAAAGAAAACGACAAGGGGAUUUCAGAUACGCACAUGGGAGGGACAAACGGUGAAGCCCUUGCUUGGCCUGCAAGUUUUGUAACUGAAGAGCCUCGGAGAAACAUAUAUAAUACGAUCUCUCAAAGUUUAUAUGACAAUGGCUGUUUGAUCAGAGAAGCAGGAAAACUUACCUGGAUGGAGUUUUGUGAAUGAAGAGGAUGCUUCAGAUGAGGUUGAAGAUGGUGUAAUGGCCUCAUCAAAGGAUGAAAAUGAAGAGGAAAUGAGAGAUGAUGUUAGCUCAGAAGCUGAAGAAAUUGCUCAAACAAAAGAUGAGAGUGCUUACAAGAUGGAUUCUGCAGUAGGAAGCUACCCCAAGAAUUUGCCUCAAUAUAAUAACUGGUCUUAGGUUCCUGCUGUGUACAUGGAAAUUGGGUCAUCAAUUUCUUUGGUUUUGGCUUACAUGUAGAGAGAGAUUUGCCCUAAAUUUUGUAGGAGAGUAGGAUUUUAACCUGGGCAAAGUUAAUUAUAUAUUAUGAAAUUGCUACUAACUUCACUGAA